AUGGCAGGCGAAAAGGGUAUCCGAAUAUGCGGAACAAAAGUGAGAACUGGCUGUUUAACCUGCAAUGGGUACGCGCAGGACCCGAAGACGUUGUCCAUGGUUAUCUAUCGGGCCCCUUCAAUAUCGUUGGUCACGACAGAACUAGAGAGACGAUCGUUCGCAUUCUUCCUCGACCAAACGAGGAAUCUAUUUCCCAUAGGAUUUUCGAAUCCGUUGCUGCAAGCGGCUCAUGAAAACCGGGCUUUGGCUCAUAGCGUCAUCUCACUUGGCGCUCUUCAGCAACACUUUGAGCAUGGUGAUGGUCCUCGUCUUAAUAUCAGCCUCGGGCUACUCGCUGCGCAGCAGUAUGGAAAAGCGUUGCGAGCACUACAGAGUCACAACGAGCCUCCAUCAGUGGAUACGCUUAUGAUUUGUUCGAUUGUGUUUGCUUGUUUUGAAUGCCUACGAGGAUGUCGACAAGCUGCGAUUAUACAUAUGAAGUCCGGACUGGAUCUAUUUCGCCGGUCCGGGGCUUAUGCAGCAUGGAAUAUUGUAUCGGAAAAGACGAUGGGCCUGCUUUUGAUUAGAUGGGAAAAUCAGCUUAUCGAAAUGCUGGGCUUGGAUAUACGAAAUGACCAGUCCCCACCUUUAGCAGGUCUUUAUUUUGACGACGUUAAUAACUUUCACAGUUCGCUUGACGGAAUAAUAAAUCACAUAUUACAUGCAAAGCACAAUUUAUCCGUGUUCGAAGAACAUCAGACUCCGUGGGCGUCCCCAGGACGGUUCAGUCAGAUAUCCUCAACCAUCGAGGAAUGGCACCAUGGCUUUCUCAUAUCCACAUCUCAGCAAAAGAAACAGCGGCAACAACAACUAUCCGAAGACUCUGAGGGACAUGGCCAGGAUGAUCCAAUCUUACUUCAUAUAUGGUAUCUGCUUAGCAAGAUUUACAUAGCCAUCCAGCCAGCUGUGGAUGCCGAAGAGGCAUGGGACCAAUUCACCGGAGACUUUGAUACGAUAGUAGCACUUUCGGAAUCAUAUCUCAAAACAAGCACACGAGAAAACGCACUUUCACGCUAUCUCUUGGAGUGA